CUUCUUCAAGAAAGUUUUUUUAUACUAAAAUGUACAGGUCUAUGGAAACCAGCCAGUUGUUAUGGUUGGCGUUCGUGGCUUUACAAUUUAUACAUAUUCAUUAUCCGUUUUAAUUUGUGGAUGUUUGUCAUUACACAAAGUCUAGCCCUCGUAUUAACAAGCAACAGCAUUGAAGAUUUUACAAAUAUAUUAUUUCUUUUAUUGAGCGUUUUAGUUGUAUGUGGUAAAAUAAAUAAUAUGCUGAGCGGUCGUAAACUGAUGGACAAAUUAAUCAACAGUUUCAAUAAAUAUCCUUUCAAGCCAGAAACCGAUGAUGAAAUUAAUAUUCAAAAUCGAUUUAAUCGCAUUAAUAGAAUUAAUACAAUUCUUUAUUGGGCAAUAAAUGGAAUUACAGCAGCAGUGUGGUGUAUUCGUAUUCUACUUGAUUUAAAACCAACUUAUAUUUUACCAUAUGGUGGCUGGUUUCCAUAUGAUCAUACUAAACCAAUUAUCUACUGGUUUACCUCAGUCCCACAAAUCUUGGCACCAUUUACGUCUGCUAAUAUAACUGGUGCCUACGAUUCAUUUUUUGCUGGUAUGAUGAUGCAAAUUUGUUCACAAGUGAAAAUUUUACAAAAUCGAUUUCAUAAUGAACUAGAUAAUUUGAGAAAAAAAAAUUUCAUUAAUUUAAAUCCAUUAUCACAAAAAUAUAUAGAAAAAAAAAUUUUUUCAGAUUGUAUUGAACAUCAUAAUGCAAUUAUAAGAAUGGCCAAUGUUGUUAAUUCAUUUUUUUCAACAAUUGUAUUUGUACAAUACUCAUUGAGCUCAAUUGUUCUAGUCACAAGUGUUUAUGUUUUAUCUGAUUUAAAACCAGGCUCAUUAGAACUAAUAGGUUGUUUGAUGUAUUUAUCAUGUAUGUUUUAUCAAAUUUCACUAUUUUGUUUAUCUGCCCAUGAGACAACACUUGCGUUUGAAGAACUAGGUGAUUCAAUAUAUUAUAGUAAUUGGCUUAAUUUAACAAGUUGCAGUUCUAAAAAAAAUAUGAUUCUCAUGAUGUGUAGAAUGUCAAGACCAUUUGUUAUUAAAAGUGGUCAUAUUGUCACUCUAAAUAUGGACUCGUUAAAAUAUGUAAAUUUUAUUAUGGCUUUGAAAAAGUUUAAUGUCUAUAUAUUAAAUACUAAAUAUUUUCAUGAUUUUAUAUUACUUACAGCUAAUGAAAUUAACAUACUCAAUUUACAACAGCUGAACAUGGACUCAUUUGUACCGGCAAAAUUAUAA